AUGUCUCGAGAGCGGAAUAUCAAGUCAACUAAGAAGCCCGAGAAAUUGAAUGUUUCCGAUUACGAUGAUAAAACCUCGGCGCAGAAGGAAAAGGAUGUCUCCGUUUCGAAGCCUUCAGGGGCUCAGACAUUUGUAAAAAUUUACUAUGUUUUGAUGCCUGUUUUAGUUGUUGUCAUUGCCGGCCUUUUAACUUUUGCAGUCACACGGCAGGAAACUGCGACGAUCGUAAAAGAAACUACUAAAGAGACGGGACCGGGUACAAGAGCCAAGACGAAAGAAACUUCAAAGAAAGAAGUUUUGUUAACCGCAGAAGAGCUAGCUAAGCACGAUGGCUCCGAUCCUAACAUUCCAGUAUACUUAGCUAUUCUUGGUCGAAUUUACGAUGUUGAGAAAGGAAGGCGACAUUAUGAAGUGGGCAGUGGAUACAAUGUGUUUGCAGGCAGGGACUCGACCCCUUCCUUUGUUACUGGAAAAUUUGCCAGAGAGGAUGCUACAGAUGACGUGAAAGGUUUAUCCCCAGAGGAUAUGAUGGGUGUCAAAGGCUGGUUGGAUUUUUAUAGAAAAGACUACACUUACGUUGGAAAAUUAAUAGGGCGUUACUAUGAUAGUGAAGGAAAGCCAACUGAGGCAUUGCAGGAAGCUAAAUCACUCAUAAAGGAAGGACAGCGUCUGCAAAAACUACAAGACGCUGAAAAUAAACGCUUUCCAGGUUGUAAUUCAAGGUGGAGUAAGGAUGAAGGAUCACUUGUUUGGUGUUCUGAAAAC